AUGGAUCCAAUAGAAUGUGAAAUUGGGCUCACUGAAAACGAGGAUGGUAACUCUCCGGCGAAUCCCCAGGCUCUGUCAAAAACGGACGAUGAGUUGGCACAAAGAACGAGCAAUGUUGAUAUGCCUGAUAUCCCUCGCUCGCCCCCUAAUCUUAAACGCGAUCUUCGCAAGAUCUUAAGCAAGAUUCAGACAAGCGGCUCCUUUGGAUUCUCGUGCGAAAAUUCAAUACCAUACAAUCCUGGUCUUCACAUACCAAGUGUUGGAAUGAUCCGGGUUCCAAUAUCAGCUGAGGACUCAAGGGCAAUGAUUCAGGCAUCUCGUAUGGGCAUAGAUGGCAAAGGAAAUGAAACGUCGAACAAGAUUUGGCAGCUCGACGCCACUCAGUUUUCUCUCCAGAAUCCCACUUGGGAGGGAUCAAUUGAGAAGAUCCGAGGGGAAAUUUAUGCUCACCUUGGUCUUACUGCGAAUUUAGAGGAGGUCAAGUUGGAGCUCCUCAAAUUGCUUAUGGGAUGUUCGGAAAGGUUGCCAUAUGCCUCCCCUCGGAACAUGAAGGGGGGGGAUGAAAUCAUCUGGCACAAGGAUGUAUGUCUGACAUUUGAGACGGGGUCGAGCUCUGUGUAUGACAUCCCAUGGGCUGUUUGGGCUUGGUAUGCUGAUGCCACACAUGAAGUCAAGCCCAUACUGUCAGGCUAUAAAGUAGUGCUCAUCUAUCAUUUGAUUCAUCGCCCAACAGCUGAGUUCUUAAAGUCUCAAGCUGAUAUUUUCGAACGCCUUUCUUCACUACUAGGAUCUUGGGCUCGGGCCGCUGAGAGAUCGUUUCAAUGCGCAGAAAGAUGGGCGAGCAGGGAUGACGAAUUCGGUGACAACUGCCCCCCAGCACUUCUGUAUUUUCUCGAGAAUGAGUAUUCUGCGAAAGAGCUCAGCUUUGAGCAACUCAAUGACGUGGAUCAAGGUCGUGUUCUCGAGCUUCAGCAGGCUUGUCGCCAAACAGAUUGCAAUAUAUUUCUGGCUAAUAUCGUCAAAACGGACUCUGGUUUCGUGCUGGAGGAGGAGGAGGAGGAGGAGGAAGAAGAAGACCGUUUCGACCCUGAAGACCCCGACCAUCCCGUUAAUGGCAAAUACAACCGUGAUUACUACCGUGCUUAUGGCGUGUAUCCCGAUUACGAGCCUAAGAAGCGUCCCACUCCCGACCCUAACGAGAUCCACGUUCUUGAAGAUGGAUUUGAAACAAAAUUUGAAUUAACACAUGUUGUCGACCAGCAAGGCCUUGUGGUCGGCAAGUUUCUGUCAUUUUCUAAGGCGAUGAUCAUUCAACAAGAUCUCCUAAAUAGGGACCCCGACAACGAAGACUAUGGAAUUUCUACAUACGAUAGACUAGCUGAGGCAACUCACUAUUACCGAGAGACUGCUGUAUUAAUCGUCCCAAAGAAGCUUCGCUUCCUGCUUGAAUUCGAAAAGCUCUAUAAGGGCCAAGGAGAUGCCAAAUUUAUAAUGGAUGACUGUCAGCGUUUGUUAAUGGAACAACCGGAUCACAAGUUGGCCAAGAAACGAUUAUCACAGGUCUGCCGUGUUUUUAAAUGCUGCGACAAACGCAAAGGUCAAGAACUUCCAGGCUUGAUUUGUAUGAAAGCUUUGGAACUUGCCGACUUUACGUUGUUUAGCCAGGCUAUACUGCUCGUUGAUAGCUUCUCAUCCGCACAGCUAACCUGCAUCGCCAAGUCUAUCGCAGACCAUGGCAUCGAUGCCUUGCGCUCACCUUUCGCCGCCAAGUUCGCAGUCCGACAGUAUGUCGACAAGAAAUCAUUCCUCCCAAAGCUGGAACUGCUUUCCAAGUUGAUGGCAGAAUACCAUACAGUCUGCGAACAGCAGUCUACAGAGCCCUCGAGCAACGUGAUUGAGUGGCAAAGAUUCACCUUUGGUACAUUACUUAUUACCGAUCUGGAACGCUCGCAAUCAGAUGGAGAGAAGCUGGGGAAGGCAAUAUAUGACCAUCCCCUGAAAGGGACACUCCCAGAAAUUGAACAGUUUAUGCAGAAUCAUUCAAAAGAUAUCGCCUUCUUUGUGUCAUUUCUGAUAUCCGCAAACCAAUGCUCAUUGGCAGGCCAAUCAGAGGAAGAUGCAGUGGGUGAAAUGGUCAAACGACUUAGCCUAAAGAUUAUUCAGCCCUUUCAGCAAGCGCAUGAGUCACAGCCGAGGCUGGCCCCAGAUCUAGUAGUCAAAUUGAUCAAGUUGACCGAUCCAACAAGCAGUGACGCGAAAAGCUUGAUGAAUACCCUCACCCGGUACACGGAAAGACUCGAAAAAGUCGCAGAUACUAGCGCCACAGACAGCACAGUGGAAGACGCCUACCCUAAAUACAUGUUUCCCGUUGCAACGGAGCUUUGUGAACAUAUAACACUCACCAGCCGUCCUGCAACCGCUGAAGAACGAAAUUUCUUACUCGGCUUGUUGAAGUCAUACAUAAUUGGCUAUGUUAGGGAUUCAAAGCCACCACUACCAGGCAAAGAAAACUGGAUUGUUACUUAUGUCCCAUGCACAUGUUCCGACUGUGCACUCUUGCAGCGAUUCAUUGAUGAUACUGGCAGGAAGGUUGAAGAAUUUGCUAUGCCAGAAAAGCGUAGAGAUCAUCUCGAACGACGACUUGACAGGAAAGAAUUUACUACAAGUACCAUCAAAAAAGGCACACCGUACAGACCGCGUGUCGAAAAGACAUAUGCGCAACUCUCUUCGUACCACGCAGCUUGGCUCCGAAGAGUAGGUACCGCAAAAACCAAGAUGGACGCAUUGGCACAAAAGUGCCCACCAUUGAAAGAAAUCCUUGGAGAAGCCAAUUAUCGAUUUUUUUACGAGCACGCCAAUCUCCGGGUCGUUCCUCUUUCUACAGGCCCUCCCCAACCCAGCAGUGCCCCGGAGGCGAACACUCAGACUACCAUGCCACCACGAUCUAGAGCCUCGUCCAACAAGCCAACUCCUGGGAGCAAUGCUCGAACUACGGCGCAGAGCAACACCAUACCGCAACGGAAUGCCUCACUCAGUCAGUACAUGUACACGAAGACCCAAACUCCGACACCACAAAGCACGGUACCUCAAAAGCGGAAACAGAGGCGUUCCUUGCCAUUGGCAUGA